AUGGCGGCGGCGGGAGGAGGAGGAGGAGGAGGAGGAGCGGGGACCGCGCCGCAGGGGCUGCGCGGGUGGUUGCGGAGCGCUUACCGCUUCGCCACCGAUCGGAACGAUUUUCGCAGGAACCUGCUGGUGAACCUGGGGCUUUUCGCCGCUGGAGUCUGGGUCGCCCGGAAUCUGACGGACAUCGACCUGAUGGCCCCGCAGCCCGUCCCGUAGCGGCGGAAAGAAAUAGAACCGCAAGGGAGAAGAGCUCGCCCCACACACACACGAGGACCAGAAGAGAUGCGUUUAGCCACACCGUUAUGAGUCUCCAUACGUUCGCGCGAGUACGUUCUGCUCUCCUUCUCUGCAGAGCUGCUACUCACACUUCAAAGCUGUCGUGCUUGAAGCAGUGACUGGGGGGGAAGUUUUAAGUGUGAGAGGGAGAAUUUAUUUUCAAUUUGUUCUGCAAGGCACAAUGAGAGUAGUUUUCUCAAGGAUGUGAAGUCAUUGUGCGUGGAAUUUUCUUCUGUACCCCCAUCUCGAUGUUUA